AUGACCUUCAGGACAUGUUUGGACGUCAAUGAUUUGUCAGUAGCGCAUUACGGGAAAAAGUGUAUGGCAUUCGGCAUUAAGUACAGGGAACGUGUGGUUUCGGUUCAGUCAGUUACAUUUCUAGAAUCGAUGAAAAAGAACCAGAGGACGGGUAAAAGCAUGAAACCCUAAGAAAACGCAAUCUCUUCUCGUUUCAUGUGAUUAUGAUCCUUGGAUUUAUUGUACAAGUUCUAAAUUAUGGCCUUCAUUUAUUGAAGUAAAUUAUAGCUGGUGCCAACAACGAAAUGCGCGUGCCAUUUGGGCGAGUUGGAAGGAUUGAAUGAAACUCAAAGUAAUAUCUGAUUUUCAUUGCACAAGCGUCAGGCCAAUAUCAUGAGGUUUUAAAUAAAUUUACAAAAACCUGCGGCAAAUGAAACCUCAUAGGGUCCAAAGCGCGCAUAAUCCUUUUGAAAACAAAGUAUACAAAAACUCAAAUUUUGAAUCAAUACUACAUCUAUCUUUUUCGCUUGACAUCCAAAGUUUAAUAAACUAGGUCUAGCACAAUACUUACAUAUCAGUACCACGUAUAUACAUAAAGUUCAAAAUUAGUAGCAAAAACUUGAAGCGGAGUGCUGAUGUUAUGUUCAUGUAAAUCAAA